GGAAAUAUGAACCAAUAUGCUAUAAUCUCCCAAUAUAAAAAUUUCCAUAUUCACUGCAUCACCAACCACCAAUGACCAAACCCAAUUAAAUAAAUAUUAUCAUUCAUGUACCAAACAAAAAUUGAAUUCUAAGGUUUGGUCAAUGCUAUAAUAUGGCAAAACCUACUUUCUUUCCUCACCAAUCUCAUCUUUCUUCUCUUCCAGCAGUCGUUUUUUACCAGAAAGUCACAAACCCUAAACCCUUUUAUCUCCUAAUUCACAACGACUCCAUAGCUAACUACUGCAAACAUGAACUCCAGUACUCUAGCCACUUCUUUUCUCCAUCUCAAAGCACCUUCCUUUAACCCUCCUUCACUUCUCCAAUUCCCCUCCCUCAAACCCCAUUGUCAUAAUCACACAUGUAUCCCUUCCCUUAAGCAAAUUAGGGCAUCCUCAGAUCAUACCCCAAAUGGCACCCACAAGCUCCCCAUUCUCCAAUCCCUCAAAAUCAUCACCAAAGCUGCAAUCUUGAUUGGUGUCACCGCUUCAUUUGCCUCCAGAUUCUCCAUUUUGCCGGCAAAAGCCGAAACUUCAGCAACUGUUACCGAACAAACGCCGACCCUCCAAGAGGAAGAGGAAGAAUCUCAAGCAGAAAAUAACCAAAACCAGAACUUAUCUGAGUUUCUUGAAUCCAAUGCUGAAGCAAUUGAAUCCCUCAAGUCACUCCUACAGCAAAAGCUUGAAAAUGGGGAAGAUGAGGAAGCUUUGAAGACACUGAACCAUCUUGUCGAGGCACAACCAUUGGUUACGGAGUGGAAAUUCUUGAUGGCAAGAUUGUUAAAUGAGAUGGGUAGAACACAGGAUGCACGUAACUUGUUUGAAGAAAUUCUCCAAAUGAAUCCGUUAUCUUUUGAGGCAUUGUUUGAGAAUGCACUUCUAAUGGACCGAUGUGGAGAAGGGGAUGCAGUUAUUAGGAGGCUACAAGAGGCUCUAGACAUUGCAGAAGAGGAGAAUAAAGUGAAAGAAGCUAGAGAUGUGAAGCUUAUUAUGGCACAGAUACAGUUUCUUCAGAAGAAUGUAGAGGAGGCCCUGAAAAGUUAUCAAGAACUGUCAAAAGAGGAUCCAAGUGAUUUUAGACCAUAUUUUUGUCAAGGAAUGAUAUAUAGUUUGCUUGAUAGGAAUGAGGAGGCAAGAGAGCAGUUUGCUAAGUAUCGCCAGCUUUCCCGAAAGAAAUUUGAGGUAGAAGGGUAUUUGAGGACUCCAUUAUCAAGAAUGAAAGUUUUUGGUUCUAAUGAGGAGAAAUGAGUUGCUCUACAAGGUUUUGGAUUUUUCGGGUAAAAUAAUGAUUGGAGUUACUUUGUGUGUUUCUCCAGACAGACAGACGGGUUACCGGAUAUAUUCAUGUAAUGUAAUCCUCAGCCUCUUUUAGUUAGUAAAAAAAAUUGAGUAAGUUUACUGCUUUAUAUUGACAGGAAUCGAUGGUGAAGCACAGUUGGAAGUUUCACUGACAGAAAUAAGAAAACAAGAACUUGAGUUUUAUAGAACUGAAAACAGAGCGGCUCUUUAGCUGCUCAUGAGGAAAUUUGUCCAUUGUUGAAAAAACAAUAUGUUGCAGUUGCACGUACAACAUGCGAUUCUCUGCUUUCUA